AUGUUUACACUGGAUACAGGAAGCAACAACAAGGUAAGUUUAGUCUUUGAUUUACUAACUAGUGUCUUCAUGGAAGAAUCCGAAAGCUGCCCACUCUCGGUGUGGAAUCUUAUCGUGGAGCAAGUCCCGGCGCCAGAGCCCCCAGACAUCCGGGGCAUGUUUGGAGAUGCUUUGAUUGACAUGUACACAGAGAUUCAUACUGAGGUCACUAUGUGGCAGCAGAUUUGGCAGACGGUGCGCCAUAAACUGGGUAACAGGCUGAAGACACCUCACUCCCCCCUGGCUGACCCCCCUGCCAUCAAGGAGCUGCUGAAAGCUGAGAUCCAACUGCUGCUGGGGACCGUGAGAGAGAGAGCAGCCUUGGAGGGCAGGGAUGGAGAUGCAGACAUAUUCCAGUACAGUCCUAGUGUGGUGAAUUACGCCUUGGGUGUCCAUAACAACCGUUGUGACACUGUGAAUAGUAGGCCUCCCUCUAGUGGAAUACAAUUCAGCCAGAGCCAACAUGCAGAAAGGUCCUGUUCCCAGAGCUCAGACAGCUCUACUACCAGCCAAGAUGACAUUGAUGGCGUGAGACACAAGCUGAAUGUCACCCACAUAGAUGAUGUUGUGGCCCACAUCAAGACUCACAGCCAGAGCUCUGAGGCUUCCCACCUCUGCAAUAGAGAACCCACCACCACCGCUCAAGACAGGGACAGCUACCUACCGCCCCUGGUCCCCUCUGCUAGUACAGACUCAGUGAACAGCUGGCCCUUGUUGUUCCCUGGUGGACACAGUCCUCUAGGCUCCUCCACACAGCUUCCGGGGAGCAAAGGGAGCUGUGAUCAGAUGAGCCCCGUAAGCAUGUUCCACCCUGCUCCCCCCGCAGUGCAGAGGCCAGCCAGCAGAGGACCGAGUGGGGCCAGGCACCUGUGUCUGCCGCAGCAGGGGGACAGGCUGGUUAGCUCCUCGCAAACUGAACUCUUUACUACAGAAUAA